CUUCAUUUCGGCGAGGGUCUACACAACUUCCAUAUCAUCGAUCGAAAUAUUAUAAAGCCAAUAAGAAACAAUUAUAUCGUCAACAAAAAGUAGGAUGGGCGAAACACUGGGUGUAUCGACUAUUCAUCUUGGGUGUCAUUCUUUAUCUCGGUUUACGAUAUUGGAACAAAAACAAUAGUCAUCCAUCUGACAUACCAGAAAUAACCAUAGCCAAACAAUACCAUCUCAAACCUGUUACAGCAAGUCGUAUACCCAACAUUGUUCAUUUUGUUUAUGGUCUUAAAGCCCCUGAUCCACAACUCGAUCUAAUCCAUUAUCUUGCCAUCAAAUCAGCACACGACCGUUUGAAGCCUGACAAGAUCAUGUUUCAUUAUCAUUACCUUCCAACCGGCUCUUUGUUUGAACAAGCUCGACCCAUGUUAACUUUACACAAGGUAGAUCUGGUCCCAACUGUGUUCGGUGAUCGUCCCGUGACUCAUUUUGCCCAUCAAGCUGAUAUUAUUCGUUUGGACAUGUUGAAUCAAUAUGGUGGAAUUUAUUUAGAUUUGGAUGUCAUUUCUUUGGCUUCUAUGGAUCAUCUUUUGGAAAAUGAAUUCGUCAUGGGUCAAGAAGGCAUUGGUGGAUCAGUUGGAUUGUGUAAUGCAGUGAUAUUAGCUAGACCUCAAGCAAGAUUUUUACAACGAUGGCAAGAGACCUAUCGUACAUUUGACCAAAAAGAUUGGAAUUAUCAUUCAGUGGUGUUACCUGGCAAGUUGGCAGAGACGUUUGUGGAUGAAAUUACGGUAUUAAAUCAUACAGCCUUCUUUUGGCCACUAUGGGAUAGUCAAGGAUUACGCACUUUGUUUCUUGAAAAAUCAUACAACUUUGCUUGGAACUAUGCUACACAUAUUUGGGAAUCUGCUGCAAAUCCUCAUUUGAUGGCUGGACUGACUAAGGAGGUGAUCUUGAAUGUGGAAAACAGUUUGUAUUGUCAACUACGUUAUUUCUUUACCGAUGAUGAUAUUAAACCAUGUCGUCUUUUACUUCAUUCGGAACGAUCUGAUCAAUUAGUCGGGUACUGGCCAUUAUCUUUACCUACAGACAAGACUCUUUUAUCUAUUAAUCCCACACCUGCAAUAGAUGAAUCUGGGAAUGAUAUGAAUGGCAUCAUCCGAAGUGGUUAUUUCAACAAACAGGAUACAAAACAACAGGAUGGGGUGUAUGUAUCAGGAAAAGACGAAUAUAUAUUUCUCUCUAUGCCACUGGAAAUGACAUUACCUACGGACAAGAUCACGGAUGGUGACUCUGAUCAAGGCCUAACAGUUCGAUGGAAAAUGAAAACAUCUGAUGAUAAACAAGGAGGCACGGCGAUGAUGAUUCAAACAGACGCAUGCAAGAUUUAUAUCAAAACGGGAAGGACAACGACAAACGAAGGAUAUGUGAUCUCAUUGGGUGUAGAAACAUGGGUAGUAGCAUCCAAUGGCUGGGCCUGGGAACGGGAUCAAGAGCUCAGUGUAGAGACCGGCACAGUGGCUAUCAAUGAAGAUGACCAAUAUCAUGACUUUACCCUGGUGUUACGAAGUAAUAAGGAUACAUCCUCUGGGUCAUUAUUGGUUCCUGAAUUGGCGUUAUACAUCGAUGGUUAUGUUCUUGCUAGUCAGUCAUCAUGGAAACUUCCGGCACAUGUGAACAAAUUCUCCAAGGUGAUCCGGGGUAUCUGGUUUGGAUCGGCAGAACCUGCAAAAUAUCAAGACCCAUGGGAUACUCGACCUAGUUUGGCAGCUUGGUACAAAGACAUUCGUGUAUGGGAACGGCCUUUAUCUAUAGAUGCUAUACGGAAUGACUAUGUCAAAGAUAACGAUGUCAUCUUCAAAAAUGCAGAUGAUCAACAAGAUCAACUGAAGUCAUGGAUGACGGACAAUACAUUGGUGUCUACAGAUCAACAAGAAGAAUAUAUGGAUGAAGUAGUGUGGAAAGAAGAAGAUUUAUUAUAGAUAGUUCUUUUUUUUUUUUUUUG